UUGGAAACAAAUUUGUUGACAGAGCGGGCUGUCAUCUUAUUUACUUUGUUUAUGCUUCUUUUGUUUUCUUUUGAAGAGAAAUCGAGAGCGUCGGGAAGUGUGCGGCUUUUUCUUAUAGUUUCAUUGUAAAGUGUUGAUUUGAGUUAAAAAUGAGUCGCCAGAGCACUUUAUUCAGCUUCUUUUCACCACGAUCCCAAAAAAAUGAUGAUAACGAGAGAGACAAUGAACAGGGGCCGCCAGACGAGAAGCCUUCUACUUCUACUAGUCUUGGCGUUUCUCAAGGAACAUCUAAAACGGUAAAAACCAAAUUAUCUUUUGCUGAGACGCCUCAAAAGCAACAGAAGAAACAACCACAAAAUACUAAGAUUGGAAGUGGUGAAUCUGAAAAUGAAAAUGCAUCACCUCACAUGUUGAAAAGACAUAAAAAAGAUAGAUCUGAAGAUGUUCCUGAAAAGGAAAAUGGCAAAAAGCGUUUGAGGCCAGUAAUAGACUCUUCAGACAGCGAAUCUGAAACGCCCUGUAAAAGACCAAACACCGAUCCACAAACACCAAAAACCAACGGAUCAGCCAAAGCCCGUAAAAAUAAUAUCAUCGAUUCCUCCGAAUCUGAAAACGAAGAAACGUCAGUCAAGAAGAAUGUGAAGGCUUUCAGUUUCUCAAAAAUCGAUUCCGACUCUUCAAAAAGAAUUUCUACACCCGCAAAAACUCCGGUAUCCAAGCCGAUAGAAAUCAUCUCCGAUGGUAUUCACAAACAGUGGGCGCACAACAACUAUGAGUUUUUGAAGCCGAAUAAGAUCUUGGACAUUAAGAAGCGAAGACCAGAUCAUCCGGAAUAUGAUCCUAGGACGCUGUACGUUCCUGACAGUUUCCUCGGUGGGCUGACUCCUGCAAUGAGACAGUGGUGGGAACUGAAAAGUAAACAUUUUGAUACCGUUCUGUUCUUCAAAGUAGGGAAGUUUUAUGAGCUGUAUCAUAUGGAUGCAGUGGUAGGGGUCAACCAUUUGGGAUUUUGUUACAUGAAGGGCGAGUUUGCUCACUCGGGCUUUCCAGAAACUGCCUAUGCCAAAAUGGCGAGUUGUCUGAUAGAUAAGGGCUUCAAGGUCUCGAGAGUUGAACAAACCGAAACUCCUGAAAUGAUGACAGCACGGUGCCAAAGUAUGGGCAAAACCACGAAAUAUGACAAAGUGGUGAAAAGAGAAAUAUGCCAGGUUUCAACGAAAGCCACAUGUAUCUAUACAGCACAAAUGACUGAAGCAAAAAGCGAACUGCCUAAUUUUAUGUAUGGUAUAUGUAUGGAGGAAAGAUCUCAUGGCACUUUCAGGUUUGGAAUAUGUUUUGUAGAAACCUCCAUAGGAACCUUCUAUUUAUCAGAAUUUCAAGACGAUAAACACUUUUCGAAGAUGCUGACCAUUUUUUCAGAAUUUCCUCCAGCCUUGAUACUGACUGCUAAAGGUGGCGUCCACGACAAAUUCACUGAACUGCUCAACUGUCAUUUUAGAGAUGUGCGCAAAGAAAGUUUGCUAUCAAAAACUCAGUUUUAUACGGCCGAUGACACUUUAGAGAAACUCUGUGGAGCUUGUUAUUUUCGAAGCGACGAUGGAAAUUUGAGAUGGCCAGAAGUGUUUAAGAAGAUUGCGAAUGCUUGCAUCGCAAAAGACGAAUAUAGGUUGUCGAUAAGAUCUCUAGGUGCUUGCUUGUGGUACUUGAAAGAUUCCAAAUUAGACAUUCAUGUAUUUUCAAUGGGUAAAUUUGAAUGGUAUGAUCCAUUGGAUCUGGGAUCUAGCGAGAAAAACAAUCAGAAAGACUAUUUGAUAUUGGAUGCUGCAACAAUCAACAAUCUAAGCCUUCUAGGAUCCAAAGGCUCCCUCAAGCAAACUUUGGAUCGUUGUGAAACUCCAUUCGGCAAAAGAUUAUUACAAAGAUGGAUCUGUAGACCUCUAUGUCAUGUUGGAAAAAUUAAAGAAAGACAAAAGGCCGUUAUGGAGCUGCAUAAUAAUCCCACUUUAUUGAAAAGUGCUCAAGACAUUCUGAAGAAGAUGCCUGAUUUGGAACGUCAAAUAACAAAAAUACAUACCUAUGGAAAUAAAUUCCUCUCAACUGACCACCCUGAUAGUAGAGCAAUAUUUUAUGAAGCAGUUACAUAUUCUAAGAGGAAAAUAAAGGAUUUUCUGAAAACUUUGAGGGCUUUUGAAAAAGCUCAAGAAAUUGCAGGGAUUUUCAAAGGAUGUGAAGAUCGUUUAUUGAGGAAAAUAACUCAGUUCGCUCCGGAAGGUGUAAACAGAGACCUCGGGAGCACCCUUGAUUACUUUAAGACCGCAUUUGACCAGGAUGAGGCUGAGAAAGAGGGCCAAAUCAUUCCACAAAGAGGCGUAGAGGACGAAUUUGACAAAGUGGAAAUGGCAAUAGAAGAAAUCAAAGACGAGUUGCAAGAAUACCUCGAAGAGCAGUCCCGAUUUUUUGGUUGCAAAGUCAGCUAUUUCGGUAAUGACAAAAAACGUUUUCAGUUGGAAGUACCUGAGAAACAAAGUAAUAAAGCAACAGAAAACUAUUUGUUAGAAGGAACUAGAAAAGGGAAUAAGCCUUGCAAAAGGUUCAGUACGCCUAUGUCAAGGGCAUUACUCGCGAAAAUGAUGAGGGCAGAAGCAGAGAGAGCUAAGUUGAUUUUGGAUUUGAAUAGGCGAAUCUUCAGGAAAUUUAGUGAAAAGAACGAUCUGUUUGAUGAGGCAGUUCAAUGCCUUACCAUUUUGGAUGUUCUUUGUUCCUUGGCAGAAUAUGCAAGAACUUUUUCCCACAACAUUUGUAUGCCAGAAGUAUUGCCUUUUGCUGACAAGCCCAAAAUUGAGAUAGUCGACGGACGUCAUCCCUGCAUCACAAAUUUAGACAAUUUCGUGGCGAAUGACACAAAGAUGGGUGUCGAUAAUCACCCCGGCAUAUUGAUCAUUACUGGACCUAACAUGGGCGGUAAAUCAACGCUUAUGAGACAAAUUGCCGUGAUAUCUGUAAUGGCACAAAUGGGCAGCUUUGUACCUGCAACAAAGUGUCAACUCCACCUCAUCGAUCGAAUCUUUACUCGUCUUGGCGCUCAAGAUGACAUCAUACAGGGACAGUCCACUUUCUACGUGGAACUUUCCGAAGCAUCCUGUAUUCUGCAACAUGCUUCCAAGCAUUCCCUGGUGUUGAUUGACGAGUUAGGCCGUGGCACUUCAACUCAUGACGGAAAUGCUAUUGCUAUAGCUUACGUGGACAAACUGACGAAAAUCAAAUGCCGCACUACUUUUUCAACACACUACCAUUCGCUUGUCGAUAAUUUCAUCGGGAAUGAGGAUAUUCAGCUAGGUCAUAUGGCGUGCUUAGUCGAAAAUGAUGAUGAUCCUACUCAAGAGUCUGUCACUUUCCUCUACAAAGUGGCAGAAGGUAGAUGUCCGAAGUCCUAUGGGUUCAACGUUGCCAGACUUGCUGGACUUAAUCACAGCAUCAUUGUCAAGGCCAGGACAGUAGCCAAAGAGCUAGAAGAAACGAGCAAACUAUGUGAUAUUUUCAGAUUUGUAUUCACGUCUAAGGAAAUGUCUGAAGUGAGAGAAAAAUUAGCAAGUAUUGUUUUGAAUUGAUGAAUAUAUCCUGUGAAGAUGCAUUUUUUCUGGUCAGGAGCCACUAUGUUCUUAGUAUUAAUGUUCUCUUGUUCUUUUUUUAUAAUUUUUUGUUCUACCUCAGAAGUUUGUUAUGAGGAUUGAUGUUUUGUUUUGUUACUUAGUAGUUUUAGUGUUGUAAGAUGUCCAGAUAUACCGGGUCUCAACGAAUCUAUUAGACCAGCCAUAACUUCUAGAAAAUUCGGUGUAUCAAAAUGAAAUCUAAUAUGGGUAUAUGGUAUGUGAAGAGGAAAGUUUUCGCAUAUUUUUCACAUUCUGGUCACUUGCGGUUUCACCAUAAAUGGAUCCAGUUUUGAAUUUUUAAAUUAUAUAUAUAAUAUUUUAGAAUUUCUGAGAAAAUUCCGGAUCAGAAUAUGACAUUUUUUUUUGAUGAAUCUAAUGAUACUAAUUUAUUUGCUAUUGAAUUGAAAAUAAGAACAAAUUGGAUAUUACUAAAGAAAAUACUGGGUAAAACUGCAUUUAGCAUGCGAUGAGUUUUUUUUUCGAAAAUUUUUCUUGGUACUUACGUAUUUUUGUCUGAAAAACACGAAUUUGAUAAUGAAAAUGUGAACAAACCACUAUUUAUCGAGAUAUUUCAAGAAAAAGUUCGAAAUUUGGCCUUCUUUCUCCCCUUGUGUUGGGGGCAUAGUCAAUCCAAAUAUGAGAUGUCAAAUGUCAAUAGAUUGCUUUGGAAUGACAUUACACACGCCAUUAUUUUAAAUGAUAUUCUUCCUUCUUUUCACUGAAUAUGGAUAGAUCUCAAGAAAAUCAUAUUUAUAGUUGAAUCAUAUAAUAGAAUAAAAUGUGUCAUACAUUGUGAUAUAUAUAAAUUGUCCAGUGAUGAAAAAAGAAAGGAAAAUUGUUCUAAAUGCCAUCCAGAAGACAGGCGAAAAAGAAGGUGAAAUUUAUAACAUUUUCAUUAUCAAAUUCGUGUUUUUCAGACAAAAAUACGUAAGUAACAAAAAUGAGUUUCGAAAAAAAAAACCAUCACAUGAUAAAUGCAGUUUUACCAUAUUUUGUAGUUAUAUUUUUCGAGUCUUCUUUGGAAAACAGAACACUCAGGUUUACACUUUUCACACGAAAUUUACCUAAAAUAGAGAAACUUUCACUG